AUGGGGAGAGUCAACAGGAAAAAAGGAGGGAGGAGGAAAAGCCACAAGAGACAUUCUGUACAAUUCCAAGAAACAGAGAAGCCUUUAGACAGGCAACUGCCAUUCCCCCUGAAACCCGAGACUUUGGUGGUGCACUCGCCCGCGCUCGCCCGCCCUCAGGUGCUGGUGAAAGGGAACUGCUCCAGGCCUGCUGGGCAAGGGUGUCCCAGCUCUGCAGCCUUCCCUGGGAGCAAAGCCAGGGCUGGGUGCCGGAUUCUCUGGAGCCAGGGGCCCCCAUGUGGCUGGAGCUGGAAUAACAGGAAAGACUGGAUGCCUCAGGCAGUUUUUUCUUCUCAGGCCACACACCCUCUUAAGCCCUUCUUGGAGCCUCCUUAUAGAAACUAG